AAAUUCACAAUCAAGAAUGGCCACAAUAUCGGUUUUAGUGGGCUGUUUAUGGAGAAGCCCGUAUCAUUUCCUAGUUGAACAAGUUACGUUUUGCUAGCAUACUACGCAAGUUCCAUUCGAGCGAGUGAAUUGCAGUUUCUUUCUCAUUUAAAAUCAUAUUAAAAAAAACACCAAAAUGUCUACCAUAGAAAAUGACAAGAUCAUCGAUGAAUCAACCUGUACAGAAACAGAACCAAAAGAAGAGAAAAACGAUACUGAAGAAGAAGAAGAUUUAUCGAAGCUUCUCCUCCCCGAUGUUCAGAAUCUUCCCCUCAUUCCUCCUUCUGCCGUUGAAACCAAUUUCAUCACUUACUUCGCUCUAGAUUUUACUAAACCAGCUCACGAUCAAUACAUUUAUCGCCACGCCAAUGGGUUGUGUGUAAUUGGCUUGGCUGCUUCCCAUAUUGCUUUUAAGGAUGAAGGUGGAAUCACAGCCAUAGAUUACAAUGUUGGAAAGUCGGAUCGCAGCGGGGUUAAGGUCACCGGAAAGCGGAAGAAGAAUGCACAACAGUUUGAAGCCAAUACGGCAUUGUGUAAAGUUUCUACCAAGAAGGAUUCUUAUAUUGUGAGGUGUUGUGUCAAAGGUUCCCUUUUGGAAGUGAAUCAACAAUUAGUCACACACCCAGAACUGCUAAAUGUUUCGGCUAACAGGGAAGGAUACAUUGCUAUUAUGAUGCCAAGACCAGCUGAUUGGCUUAAGAUCAAGGCUUCCCUCGUUAGCCUUCACGAGUACAAGAAAAUGAGAGAAGUCAGUUGUGAUAUAAAUCAUGUCGUGCCUUGUAAUGACACCUCAAAAGAGACAUCGUGAGAAGCUCGGUGCUACAUUGAAGUGAUUGCAUGAUUUUCCUGCAUGAUUCCCAUCCAAAUGCUACAAACUGAAUGAAUUUGAGAAUUUUUUUGGUGCAUUUGUGAGCCCCAUGGAAUUGGUGCCUGUCAAGUGGCCAGAUCAUAUUAAACUCAUGAGCAACCAAGAAUCUGGUGACAUUGGAGAAUGUCUCGGAAACCAUUCUUUAGGAUUUUAUCUUUUGUUGGUUUGUUGUUGUAUUUUAUUAUUAUAAUUACUCUAAACAUGAAUCUUUUUAAACAAUUCAAGAAAUAGAUGCAGGUCUUUUGGCCAUUUUCUCA